AAAAUAUGGCGUUAGAUUUUUCAGCAACAUAUAAAGUAUUAGUUUUAGGUGAUUCAAAUGUGGGAAAAACAUGUAUUGUGCAUCGAUAUUGCGAUGAACGAUAUUAUGAUACAUACAUAUCAACUAUAGGAAUAGAUUUUAAGCAGAAAAUAAUAAAUUUGGAUGGUGUUCCAAUUAAAUUACAAAUAUGGGAUACAGCUGGACAAGAACGAUUUCGUACAUUAACAACAGCUUAUUAUCGUGGUGCAAUGGGAAUUUUAUUAAUGUAUGAUGUAACUAGUAUGGAUUCAUUUAAUCAUUUAGAUUAUUGGCUUCGAAAUAUACAAGAGAAUGCAUCACCAGAUGUUGUGAAAGUUUUAGCUGGAAAUAAAUGUGAAUCAAAUGAUCGAGCAGUGGAUGCAGAACGUGGACAAAAAAUUGCUGAUAAUUUUGAUAUGCCAUUUUUUGAAGUAUCUUGCAAACAAAAUAUAAAUGUUGAAGAGGCAUUUAUUACAUUAGCUAGGAAAAUUAGAGAACAACGGGAACGAAAGGGUGACGCAUUCGAAGAAAACGAAAAACCAACAGAAGGUUUGCAUACAAUUUUAAAUCAAUCGGAUCAAAAUGAGUCAUGGCGACCGUGUUCUACGUGUUAGCGUUAAUAUCACAUAUAUUUACUGUCAUAUAAAAUAUACAAAGAAUAUAUUUAGAGUCUAAUCAAAUUAUUGUCAGAAAUCAAAGUGUAAAAAAAAUUUUCUUUACUUAUUUUGGACACAACAGCAUUUCUAGAAAACACUAAAUAAUAUCUAUAUGAUAUUCAAUCUUCAAAAUAAAAUAAAAAUAGCACUGCACUAGA